UCUUUUUCUUUCCUCACAAUAGUACAGGAACAUUCAGACGAAUAACACUUAAACUACAUUAUAUGAACUGAAGUUAUAAAUUUACUUUAUUGUUGACGGAUUUUGAUCCGGAUUUGAUCAGUAGAAAUGUUUUCGAAUUCAUGCUCUAUCAUUUUAACAUUGACAUGCUUUUUGCUUGUGCAUGCUGAGGAAGACACUGCAGACAAAGAAAAAGACAUCACAUAUAAACCUUUACGGGAACUAUAUCAGCAAGUAACUACAGGACGAAAUAGGGAAGUCUUACCAAUCAAUGUAGUGGGGGAACAAGUCAUUAUUUAUUUUUAUUUCCAUCUUACUUAUAUUCAGGAAUAUGAUGAAGUUGCCGGUAAACUGAGUUUAAACGGAUAUUUUGGAAUUCAGUGGUUUGAUAAAACUGUAUCAUGGGAUCCUGCAGAAUAUGGAGUGACUUCUAUUACAUUCAAUGAUGAACUAUUUUGGAAACCAACAUUUUCGAUGUCAAAUCCUUACGGAGCAUUGCAAAUAUUAUAUAAGGAUGACUCUGUAAAGAGAGCGCACAGUACUGGACAAAUGGACUGGUUUCCUAGCGAUUCGUUUGAUAUUACAUGCCAGGCUGACGUUUCGGAUUAUCCAUUUGAUACACAAACAUGUACUUUAGCCUUCGUUUUAUCGGGAUACGACGAUAAAGAGGUAGUUUUAUGGCCUACGGCUUUCCUAACGGAUUGGUAUGUUCCACACAAAACAUGGGAUUUGGUUGAAACGAACAUGACAAGAACUACCUUUCCACAAGUAGCCAAUUUUCAUAUGAAACUUAAAAGAAAACCUUUGUUCUUUGUUUUCAACCUUAUACUACCAAUAGUCCUGAUGUGUCUUCUUAACCCUUUCGUUUUCUUUCUUCCAGCAGAAUCAGGAGAACGAGUUGGAUUUUCCAUAACAGUAUUAUUGGCUAUUGCGGUAUUUCUUACAAUUUCCGCUUCUAGUCUUCCAGCAAUCUCAGAACCACGGUUACCGCUUAUAUCAAUACUUCUCUUUGCUGACGUAGCAUUUAGCGGUGUUAUCGUAAUUUUUGUAAUUAUAAGCCUACGAUUCUAUUUGCGGAGUGAAAAUAUUCCUGUGCCAUAUUUGUGGAAAGGAUUUGUGAAGAUUUGUCGUGUAUUGAAAUGCAGUUGCCGUUGCACUAAAAGGGAGCGCGAUGACGAUAAAGUAAAUGAGUACACGUACGAUAAUGGAGAUAAUCUCAGUUUCAGUAUCAGCAAAAUCAAACUGUACAGUUCGGAAAACCAGUAUCGAGGAACGGAUAGUGUCGAAAUCAACUCUAUUUUGUCUAAAGACGAAAUUAGCUGGAAGAACGUUGGAGAGGAACUCGACUUUGUUUUUGGAACAAUAAGUGCCCUUUACAUGGUAACGGCACAUGUAUUAUAUAUUCUUGACGCUGUAAUAGAUCUGUCUAUCUUGACUUAGUGAGAUCUUAUUCUGAGAUAAGUUUUCAUGCGCUUUCAACUUUCUGCUUAUGCCAAACAUUACAAACGUUUUUGUACAUGCAUAUUAAGGGGUUUUUUUUCUUUCAUGUCAGUUUAUAGAUAAUUAUACAAGCUACUUUAUCUAUUCCUUGAUUUGAACGUCUUUAGAGGUAAAACCAAACGUUAUUUUCUUGAUUGAAAGUAACCCAAAACUGAUAUCCUCGCCACUAGUGUGUAGGAACUUUCGCUUGGAAAUACGAUUGUUGUUUUGAUAUUAAAAUCUUGCUCUCGGUAAUCUAAAGUAAUUUUAUUUGAUUUUGUACCAUUGUGUUCUAACAUUAAUUUGAUAUUUUAUUGUCUGUUAUAGCGUUUUUUGUUUGUUUUUGUUUUAGCGUUUUUCAUGGCUAAAUUUAAUUUUACGUUUUUAUACGCCCGUCUUUUAAACGGGAAGUAUUAUGGUAUACCGUUGUCUCAAGUGAAUUGUUUAUAUCUAUUGACGUAAGCUCCCUUUCUUUUUUUUUAAAUUUCAGAUUUUAAGUUUUGGAUUUAUGGGGCUUUAUUCAUAAAAAAGGGGGGGGUUCAACACUUCGGACAAUAACUCAAAAAGGCUUUCACCAGUGUCCAUGAAACUUUGAUGAAUCGUUUAUAUCUAUUGAAGUAAGCUCCCUUUCAAUUUCUUGUAAAUUUCAGAUUUUUAGUUUUGGAUUUAUGGGGCUUUAUUCAUAAAAAAGGGGGAUUUUUAACACUUCGGACAAUAACUCAAAAAGGCUUUCACCAAUGUCCAUGAAACUUUGGUGAAUUGUUUAUAUCUAUUGAUGUAAGCUCCUUUUCAAUUUUUAUAAAUUUUAGAUUUUACAUUUCCGUGUUAUGAAUUUUUAUGCUUAAAAAUGGGGAGAUUUUCCAAUUUUUGGACAAUAACUUACACUUUAAUUUAAAAAGAUGUUAUGCAACUUUGAUAAAUUGUUUAUAUCUAUUUACAUAAGCUCCCUUUCCAUUUUUAUAAAUUUUAGAUUUUACGUUUUCUUAAGUAAUGAAUUUUUAUACUUAAAAAGGGGGGAUUUUAUGCAACUUUGGUGAAACUGAGAGCAACGGGCGUAUCAUGCGCUAAAGCGCAGCCCUUUAUUCUUUUUGUGUUCAAUAUCAAACGGAGAAUGGUUAAAUGGUAGCACCCCACCAUACUUCCAUAUACCUGUUUAAAGUCAGGAACCUCAUCGUAGGUUGAAUAUAAAAAUAAUAAUACGUUCCAGUACUUGUUCGUAGUCUGGAACGCUGUUAUGGGUGUAUAUGAAAAUAAGGAGAUGUGAUAUGAUUGUCAUUGUAUAUUGAUAUCAUAAAAAACGAUUUAUUCUUUAGUUGCACAUAAUAUAUUGGGAAGAUUGAGAUAAUAGCUUGUACUAAGGAGAUAAGUAGGAUACAAAAAGAAAACCAUCGAAUAAAAUGAUAAUAUGGAUUCAAUUAUUUUCGUGGGUUUCAAUUUUCGUGGAUUGAGUAUAACUUGCAUUUUCGUGGUUUUCUAAAUUUCUGCAUACCAAGCCUACAGAAAUUAUGUAUUUCGUUGAAUAUUUGAAUUAUUGGUUCACCUAUAUCCACGAAACUCAAAGAAAUUGGUAUCCAACAAAUGAUAAUGAAUCCACAGUACUCGGUGUUUUAUGAGCAACUUUUUCAAACGCAAUUUCAAAUAAUCUCAAAGGUAUCUUUGUAAUCCACUCUUAAAUUAAUUUAAAUCGUAGUGACAAAUGUUAAAGAGACUUUGAACUGAUAAAUAUCAUUGAUAAAAUGUUAAGGCAUAAUUACUUUUAUGUUCUCUAGUGUUGCUGUAUAUUUGUAUUGUAAAUGAAUUGUAUUG